CAAGGGUUCUGGUAUAAACAGAAUUUUUUGUUCAGGACAACAGCGAUUUCUCUUCACCAUUGUUCAUCCUUCUCUUAUCUUUACUAUUCUACAUAUUUUUCUUUUCAGCUCAGUUAGUAUUUAGCAGCUGCACAGCAUUUGGAUGAAUGAUGAACUUUGAUAAGAGUUAAUGAGAAUGGAGCAUUGUGCAAGCAAAGAAUGGCUCGGGCUUUACUUAAAAGGCUCUUCACUGGGAAAUGGUCUGUAAAGAGCUGGAGCUCACCUCACCUUCAGGUUUGGUUAGGCAGAAGGUAAGAACAAUUACAUGACAAAAGAAACAGAAAAACAAGAAGUAAGAGUUCAGGACAAAGAGAGGAGAAAACAUAAUGGAGUCAGGUGAAUCCAAAACUGAGCCGAUGGGAAAAAAUAAUGGCUUAUGAUUGAAACUACUGUAUUAAAGCAAACCAAUCACAACAUUUGUUCACAAACUAAUUUUCUGAUUAUAUGAAAACAUUGAAACAUAGAUAUUGUUAAGUAAAUAUAUUUCAUUGACUAUAUUAUGAGGCAAAUUUCUAAUUAGUUAACUCAUGUCGUUCUGCAGAAACUAGGUCCUAAAAACAACAGUUUUUGGAUUUAGCCCUAAAUUAAAAUCCUUAUUAAAAAACCACAGGGGACACUUUCAGGAUAGAUCAACACUCAGAAUGGUUAAACAUCAAAAUUCAAAUUAGCUGUUGUUCUUUGCAUGUUCUUGUAAUACCCUGAUCUCCUAAAAUGAUCUGUUUUUGACUUGUCGCGUUUUGUCUGGAGGAUGUUCUGAAACCCUGAUGUCAGGAAAUCUUUGACUGCAUAAAACAUUUAGGUCACAGGUGGCCGCACAGCAGUACCCAGCAGGGUUGGAAUAAAGAAGAUAGUUGCCUCAGGGGAUUAGAGUCAAAUCUGUGCAAAUAUGUAAAGGUAAGGACUGUUAAACCAUCUUCUGUGUCCAUGGCAGCACAGAAUCUUCAGAAGAGUCCUCAGGACUGGAGCCAACAAAUACAAACACCAAAGCAUUAAAGAAGCAUCUGAUGCCUUUGUCUUGCUGCCCCAGUCUUUUGACAUGAGCAUGAGCGGAGAGCUGAAGUCAAGCCGCUCCAGGGCAGCCAAUAAGAGGGCCAACACCACCUAUGGCAGAUCUGAGUUUGAUCUGGACUAUGACAGCUAUCAGGAGGACUACUAUGACAGGUCGCAUGACUACCAGCGUGUUCCAGUUUCCCUCUCACCUGUACAUCAGGGACCCAGUCUGGCCAAGAGAUCCCGCUCCUCCUCCUACUCCUCUGGGAACAGACGCUUCCGGGACAGAAACAACUCCAAAAACUCCAGAUCUCAUUCCUCCUGUUCAAACGCUAAUAAGUUGGGAAUGGAGGAGUUGCAGGUGAUUAAAAAGGAGCUGACUCUGAUAAAGACACAGAUCGAUGGGCUUCUUGACAGUCUUGACAGGAUGGACUCACAGAGGAAUGACCACAAAGGUUCUCCCCUGAGAGAGGACAGUUCGGCUGGCUCACCUUAUGUUGUAUCUGCCAGCAGCCCCGAGCAUUCAGUCUCCUCCCUGUCCCCACCUAGUUCCCGUCACCGGAUCUACAAAGGCAGCCCUGACCUCAGCAUGCGAGACGAUGAGCACAUCAUGAUGAGCAACCACACUGAUCCUGAUGAAGAAAUAUGAAGGAGAAAUAUUAGAGCCGAAGUGGAUAAAGUGCCAAACAUGGAGGAAGAGACCUUCUGGUUAACAUCUAAUUCAGAGGCUUAUUGCAGGAAAAUCAAAUCAGAUGGUAGAGUCAAUUUUAUUGCAUUAUUGAAACUGGAUUAUACAUGACAUUGAAACACUGACGCAGCUUAAACUGUCACUUCCACCUGCACAUGAAACUGACAAGAAUAAAUCAGGUUGUUCUGAAAGGACAUUAGGGAGAUAGAGGGGAGUGGGAGAGAGGUGUCCUAUCUGGUUAGUAAACUGUGAUAACUAUGUUACAACUUUAGGGAUUAUCUUUUAAUCCUUCGUUUCCUAAUUUUAUUUUGAAAAGUUGGUUAAAGUUAUCCUAAUGGCAUUUGAGCACUAUUUCCCAAACAAUAACAGACAACAGAACAACCAAUUUUAGCAACUGUUUUCUCAUCUGAAGCCUAUAGUCAAAAAAAUUAUCAAUUAUGGGCCCAGUUUUAAAACUCUUUGAAAGGAUUUAAAGUUGUAUUUAUUGCAGUUUAAAUAUUUGGAAAUGUUGUACAGUCCAUGUGUAAAAAUAUAAUGAUAGAGGACAUGGGGAGUGCACGAGAGAGAGGUUGAGUUAACAAAGCACACAUUCUGUGCACACAGAAGAAUGAGGCAGAAAACAACAGAAAUAAAAAAAUUACAUUUCUUUGAAGAGCAUGGACUAACAAUGAGUGAAAAAGCAGCUAAUGUUAAAAGAAAAACUCUGAAAGAUUAACUGUUGUUUACAGCUCUUUUAAAGGGGAGAAAUAUUUGUUUUGUAUUCAUUUAUAUGAUUGUUAAAUAUUGAAUGCAUCACACAUUGGACAUAUGCAAAAGAAAAUUCUUACAGACACGUCCAUUUUAGAUAUAGGGCUAACUGGAAUCAUGUGCAUAUGGUAUUUUAAAGGGUUUUUUUUGUGUCAAAACAAACUUGCAAAAAGACCUCUCGUUAAGUUUUUUUUCCUAUUCUAAUUUUUUACCCUGAAAAACCUCCAUAGUAUUUUAAUUGUAAGGUUUGUCAUUAAGCACAUGAAGCUUUUUUAUCUAGAUGAAUUUGUACAGGAAAUAUCCCAACAUUAAAAAAUUGAAGCGUGUUGAAGAAAAUGUUCACAAUCUCUUCCUUCAUGUGUUUGGCAUUUAAAAAUGUGCAAAAGCCCAUUUUAUUGUGUAAUGUUGUGUAUUAUUGUGUACAUUACUGUAAUUGUUUAGCUUUUUUUUUUUUUUUUUACUUGUUUGGGUUUUAUUUUUUUUAUUUUUCUUAAUGGAUGUUAUUACACAAAAUUUCUAUGGUGUUACAUGUUUCUAUUUAAAUUUUACAUUCAAGUUAAUUAAAAAUGCUCAUUGUAAUUGUAGUAAAAGUAUUUUCAUACCAUGUAUAAAAGCAGCAUAUUGUAAUGUGUUUUAAAUCUACAUUAAACUGAUGUAAAUUAAGCUUAAAAAAAAGGAAAGGAGGGAAUAUUGUAAAAAAAAGGUGAAAAAUCUACUUUUAACUUUCUUUUAACUUUCUUUAUAAACAACACAAUUUUCCGUUCUGUGCAAUAGUCCAAACGUAACAGAACAGGAGCUAGUGAAUACAUAUCUCUUUGUUUGGUGCAUCAAAAUCAAAGGAGAGCCAGUUGAUGUACCCUCUGGUCAUGUGACCAUACAUAUCUUUGAAAUCACAUCUCUUUUUUUGUCAUUUCUCAGAAGGUUUAAUAAAGAUCUCUGACCUACA